CUCUGGUUUUGGUUCUCUUCCAGCCAGCCACCGCAAAGCGCGCAGCAAAGCUGGCCUCACUCUGACAGCUCAGCUCCUCCCAAGCUCCCUAUAUCUCUCCUCCGAUCCCCCAAACCCUAAUCACCGGCAUAACACAACAAUCUCUGUCUCUCUCUUCCCCUCACUCUCUCUCUCUGCAGCGCGCAGCUUUCAAAGCGUUGGGAGAGAUGGCAGAGGAGACGCAGCCAGAGGCCGCCGCCGCCGCCGCCGCCGCCGCGCCCCCCGCGGCCGAGGUGGUCGUGACCGAGGCGGUGGCGGCGGAGGUGGAGGUGCCUGCGGCGGCGGAAGCCGAAGCCGAGCCCGAGACGGAGAAGAAAGCUGAUGAGGCGGCGGUCACCGCCGAUGACGCGGGGGAGGGGACCGGCUCGUUCAAGGAGGAGAGCAACCUGGUGGAGGACCUGCCCGACCCGGAGAAGAAGGCGCUCGACGAGUUCAAGCAGCUGAUCGCUGCUGCCCUCGCCGCCGGUGAGUUCAACCUGCCUCCCCCGCCGCCGCCGCCGAAGGCCAAGGAGGAACCCAAGGCCGAGGAGACGAAGACGGAGGAAGCCAAGACCGAGGAGACGAAGACGGAGGAAGCCAAGACCGAGGAGCCGGUCAAAGAAGAGCCCAAGGCCGAGGCCGAGGCUGCGGCGGAGGAGCCCAAGGCCGAGGUGGCUGCGGAUGCCCCGGCUGAGGAGGUCAAGACGGAGGUGCCGCCGCCAGAGGAGGCCAAGGCUGAGACAGUGGCUGAGGAAGCCAAGCCUGCCGAGCCCGAGCCGCAGGAGAAGACCGUCGUGGUCGCUGAGGAGGAGACCGCCACCAAGACGGUGGAAACAAUCGAGGAAACCGUCGUGUCCGCCCCCGCCGCCACCUCGGAGGAGGCAGUGGCGCCGGAGGCGGCGGCCGAGAGUGAUGCGGCCGCGCCUGAGCCCGUGCUGAUCUGGGGCGUGCCGCUGGUGGGCGACGACGAGUGCACGGAUACGGUUCUGCUCAAGUUCCUGCGAGCGCGGGAGUUCAAGGUGAAGGAGGCCAUGGCGAUGCUCAAGUCCGCGGUGCUGUGGCGCAAGCGCUUCGGCAUCACCUCGCUCCUCGACGCCGACCUCGGCCUGCCGGAGUUGGAGAACGUGGUGUUCUACCGCGGCGCCGACCGCGAGGGCCACCCCGUGUGCUACAACGUCUACGGCGAGUUCCAGGACAAGGAUCUCUACGAGAAGGCCUUCGGCGACGAUGAGAAGAGGGAGCGCUUCCUCAAGUGGCGAAUCCAGCUGCUGGAGCGCGGCAUCCUGUCGAAGCUGGACUUCUCGCCCAGCGGCAUCUGCUCCAUGGUGCAGGUUACCGACCUCAAGAACUCGCCGCCCAUGCUCGGCAAGCACCGCGCCGUCACCCGCCAGGCCGUCACGCUGCUCCAGGACAACUACCCCGAGUUCAUUGCCAAGAAGGUGUUCAUCAAUGUGCCGUGGUGGUAUCUCGCUGCAAACAAGAUGAUGAGCCCAUUCCUCACACAGCGCACCAAGAGCAAGUUCGUUUUUGCUAGCCCAGCCAAGUCAGCAGAAACUCUAUUCAGGUACAUCGCACCGGAGCAAGUUCCUGUCCAAUUUGGAGGCCUCUUCAAGGUGGACGACCCUGAGUUCACCACCUCCGACAUUGUCACUGAGCUCACUAUCAAACCAUCGUCAAAAGAAACCAUUGAGAUCCCUGUCACCGAGAACUCCACAAUUGUAUGGGAACUCCGGGUGCUCGGUUGGGAGGUGAGCUAUGGCGCUGAGUUCACCCCCGACGCUGAGGGUGGGUACACUGUCAUUGUACAGAAAUCAAGGAAGGUGCCCGCUAACGAGGAACCAAUCAUGAAGGGAAGCUUCAAGGUAGGCGAGCCCGGCAAACUUGUGCUAACUGUGAACAACCCUGCAUCCAAGAAGAAGAAGCUCCUUUACAGAUCAAAGGUGAAGAGCACCAGUGAAUGAGUGUGAGGUCGCUGCUAGCUGCCGGGGUCCUACAGUUAAACGAUCUACCACAGUUCAUCUCAGCAUGAUAGAAGAGAGGAGAAACCUUUUGGUUUGGUUCGUUAAUUUAUUGGGUUUUGCUGGUUUUGGUGCACAUUCUACAUUUUGUUUUAAACCAAAGUGAGCUUGUUUUUGUGAUAGUAGAUGGGAGAAGUAUAAUGCCAUUGUGACAGGAUGGUUGUUGAUGAGGGCAGGGGAGGCCAAAAUGUGGGAAGGAAAGGCUGGAGAAUGUCUGCUCCUCUGUAGAUGUGUCUGUACAUUGCAUCUCUUGGAUUCUCGUUGAUAUGUUACUUGUCGCAUCAUUAUUCAAUCCAUGUUACUCUGCAUGUUCCUCAA